AUGUUUCGUCCAUUGCCACAGUUGAAUCCGGUCAUGAGGUGAGUUGAAAAGUAGAAAUAGUGAUAGGUUAUAGAUCUAGCUAUGGAGUAAAUAAAACCUUAUAGUAGUUUAUUACCAAGGAUCGACAUUUCGAUGAUCUGAUUAACAAAACUAAAAGGUUUCCAGUUUUUACAGUAUAUUUUGCUACACUACUAUUUAAAAUAUUAACAUUGACUUUAGGUAUCGUCUAAAAACCAGCGAUGACAGCCCACUAGCCAACUUAAGGCCGGUCCGGGCCACCCCGCUCGCUAGUUCAGGCCGAAACUGUUUCUUUAGUCCAGUCCAGUGCCGACUGCCUGUUAGCCAGAUGAAGUCGAUGGACAACUCGAGAAGACGGCUGUUCACGAACGACCAGCCCCCGAUGGGCCCGUUCGACCGAAUACGAAGAUUCAGAGACUACUAA